AUGGAGGUUACUGUUUUUGACGAGAGUAUGGAGAUGGCGCCUGAUGCGGGCAGAUACUUCGAUGCCCAGGAUGAUAUAGAGAUUGAACUGGAUGGCGUGGAAGCUCCUGGCCAUGACGACGAUGUGAUCGUUGAUGAUGCCUCUAUGGCUGGCUCAGAUCAUCCGGGGAUAAUAGGAGACGUCCACGAAUCCGUAAAAGAUGCAGACAUGGAAGACGGCGGAUUCCACCACGAUGAAGGUGAUCAUAUAGAGACUGAAGAAGAUUAUCAGUUUAUCGACGAUGCACUGGAUAUAGACCACCGAUUCUAUGAGAUGGAGGACGAUUAUGAGGAAGACAUAGAUGCCCCAAUACCGGGCACGGGUGUGAUAGAACCUAACAUGCCUGCAGACAAUGUGACUUCAGCAGGAAUGAUUGAGGAUUGUCGUACUCUGGAGAAUGAACCGGAAGGCGAGGUUGGAACUAGUACGCAGGCCGGACCAUCUGAGAUCACGCCGUCAGCGCCAAAAAAAGGAAAUAAAGAAGUUCAAAUACCCUCAGACAUAGAACAACCAGAAUCAGAAGUGAAGGAAGAUGAUGGCAAACCUGAACAGGCUCAUGAUGAUCUCGACCCGUUAUCAAAUAGAGAACAUCUCGAAUAUGGAGAGCCAGGCCAGGAAGUUAAAGUCCCAGUCGAAGACCUUGAUGAGGCCACUUACCAGACAGCAGAGGAACCAUCAGUGACCCGCGGGGAUGAAACUGAGAACAGAGAAAGCGAGCUUCCAACUCUGCACAAUGUACAAGUCUUGUAUCAAGACAGCGAAAUUUCGCUAUUUCCUCCCAAACAAGAUGAUCUAUCCGAAACAUAUUUCCUUGAGGAUGAGGCACUCGCACAUGAACCAAUUGGAGAUUUGCUAAGCGCCUGUAGAGUGGUCCUAGGAGACCAUAUGGGAACAGAAGAGGAACUAUACAUGGAGAUAGAGUGUCUUGGGCUUCACCUAACUGAGCCAACCUUUACCAAAAGUUUUACAGCCCUCUCAGAUGCAGCACAAGCUGGCAAAGGGCUAUCCCAUGUUGGCAAAUGGGAUGAGUACGAAGACCAAAUUGUAUUCGAAGAACAUGGAAAUGCAGAUAGUUUGCAGGAAGAAGGGCAAGAAACCUUCAUAGAAGAGGUUGAAUCCUCAACGAACCAACCAGCAACUCUUCUUCCCCAUCCGGAAACUGAACAUGAAGAAGUGAACGAUGAGACUUACGUGAAAGAAAAUUUAGAAAUUAAUUCGAAUGAAACCAAAGAAGAGGAAGCAGCAUCUGCCCCUGCUGCAACUUCUAAGGAACCCGAGGCCACUAACAUUGAGGCAAAUAAACCAGAACCAGAAGAGGUCACCAAUGAUUCUUCAGGCGCCGAUGAAAGUGUUGAGCAGGAGGUAACGGAAAUGAAGACAGGUUUGGGGCAAAUUGAAGAGCCGAGUCAUGAAGACGCACUGGAAGAUGAAAGCAUACAACCCCCAACUUACGAAGAAGGUGGAAAGCCUUCAGUUUUUGAUGCUUCUCAAGAUACUAACACCAAGCAUCUCAACGAGGUUGCUCCUGGCCCUAGUGAAGAUUUCAUUGAAAUCGAGUUAGAAGGGUUCGAAGACGAACAGCACGAUGACGAAAAAUCACACGAGGAAGCGCACGGCGACGAUGAUGGUUUAGUGGAUGGUGACUCUACUCAGCUUUCGUAUGAUCAGGCCGCAGAACCUAAUACGCCAGAACCAACGUAUAAUCCCCUCGAGGUCGAUGAAGAUAUUUUCAAGAGUCCCACGGCCGCUCUAGCAGAUUUGCCGCAGGGCUCUCUUGAGCCCCAGGAUACAGGCCCUCCAGAUGCAGCCGCACAUCCAACGGAGAUAUUUGAUGAAUAUCAGCCCAGAUCUACUAUCCCUGUGGACCAGAAUGAUGAGGAUACUUCCGAGGCCCGUACCAUCCCUGAAGAAGAUCAAACUCAAGAUUUUAAUCAAGAUGAGGAUGUGCAUUCUGUGGCUGAAGAGGCACAGUUGGAACGCCACGCCGACCUUAAUCCUGAAGCUAAAGAUCUAACAGCCCAACAUGAUGAUACUUUUGCUGGCUCACCUGGGUUGGAUGUAGUCUGGCUAAAUGACGCUGUCGAGAGCCCAGAUGUUGCCAGUUUAGAAGAACCCCACAAGACGGAGCUGUUGUAUGGAAACAACCUGAGCUCUAACGAUAUCCCAAACAAUGAUGAUGAAAACACUGAAUCAGCUCUACUGGAAGACGAAUCCAAUGGGUUAUCUCAAAAUGAUGCCACUUUUCAGGAGCAGAGUCCAAAGGUCGCCAAGAGGCCUCGUGUGGACGAUGAGCCGAUCAGCAUAUCAAACCCAGUUCCUGUGAUAAAGAAACCUCGAUCUGAAUAA